GAUUGUGGCUAUUGCAUGGAAAUCAGAAUUUCCCAGUGUAUACCAACUCAAAAAAAAGCAAGCAUUCAUGUCACUGUUUCCUAUUUCACAACGUGUGAGGCAUCUUGUUGAAUUCAACGCUGGCAAAUGCAUUCGAGACGGUGAUCAGCUAAAGCCUGAUCUCCGGAAAGGGGUUAUAUUUAUGGAUCAGGGAGACGACCAGUUAUUGCACUUUUACUGGAAAGAGCGCGUUGGCAACACUAUAGAAGAAGACCUGAUUAUAUUUCCUGAAGAAGCAGAGAUGAAAAGGGUUCCUGAAUGUACUACUGGACGUGUGUACCGUUUGCACUUCAAAUCCUCCAACCAAAGAUUGUUUUUCUGGAUGCAAGACAAAGACGAUUCAAAAGAUGAAGAACGUGUUGCGAAAUUGAACAAACUCAUCAAUGAUACUCAGAGUGUACUUGAAGAACAACGUCGGAAUGCAGGAGCCGACAUGGAAGAAGAAAGUGAAUCAGCUGCGGACAUGCUCAAUUUAUUGAGCGGCGGACAAGAUCUUGGUAUAAAUCAAGAGCAAUUUCUCCAAUUUUUGCAGACUGCUGGAGGAUUAGGUGGUACCAUUCCAAACACAUCUCCAAUCGGCGGGGACGGCCCACCUAAUCAAAGCGUCAUAGCCUCUGCACCAUCAAGUCGACGUGGAUCAGGUCAGUCGGACACGGAAGAACAGCAAAGUACGGAGGCAGUUCGAGAAAAUGAAGGUAGCCAGUUGUCUACCAAUCAACUCCACGAUCUUCGCAACAUACUGUCAGAAAUUCGUGUGCCGCAAGGGACGGAACGUACUAAUUCUCUAGAACUCGGCAAUGUACUUACAACAGAAGCGAUCCGAUCAAUCUUAAGCGACCAAGACAUUGCAAGCGCCCUAUUUCCUCAUCUUCCGGAAACUUCAGAUAAUACAAAUGAAGAGUUACAUGAAAUCAUUCACAGUCCUCAAUUUCGACAGUCCCUACACAGACUAAGUGCAGCAUUACAAUCCGGACAACUUGGGCCUUUAAUGACUCAGUUGGGACUGGAUCCUUCUGCAGGAAAUGGCGUAGAGGCAUUUUUGGCUGCGAUUGAAGAACAAGCUCGAAGGAGGGACGAUCAAGAUCGCGAUUCAAUGGAUCAAGAUUAAUAUGAUAACAUGAAAUGAAAUGGAAAAGUAAAUCCUUCUUUAUAAAGUAGUAUGUACAAAUGAUCGCAACAUCUUUGUUCGAAUAAAUUUGGGCAAGGUAUAAGUUCUGUUCGAUCUAUAUCGAUUCAUUCCAGUUUGUCCAGAUGGUCUAAACGAGUUAAGACAAUGUUCUUGCUCGUUUCUUCUAUCUCACCGGCUAAGAAAACUUCGUCGAGGAUGGAGUACACCUUAUAAAAGUUGAAUACGAGGUCGAGCUCACAAACAUUUCCGAAGAAGGCAUCGAGAACUUCCACAAAGAAAUGGAUGGCUUCCAGAUACGCUAAUUCGUUGUCGUUCGCGUCUACGCAGACACAGAAAAACAGACCUGCAUAUCGACGGUAGACUAUCUUAUAAUUUCGAAACUGUUCAAGGUAUUAGAAUACUAU